AUGUCUAAAGAAGAACUCCACAUAAAACACGCGGCCGCUUUGGUAGUAAAGCUCGAGGGAAACUUUCUUUUCUGCUGGGACAUCUCUGGGGCCGCCUCAAAGUACUCAGAAGCACUCUCCCUUUACCCCGUCAGGUCCAAGAAGGAAAAAGUUGUACUUUACAGCAAUCGGGCCCAGUGCCACAUAUUGCUGCAACAGCCGCUGGCGGCUAUAAGCGACGCCACGAGUGCGCUUUGCCUCCACUGUCCGGUCAACUGCCGCGCGAGAAGCAUGUGGAGGCAGACCUAG